AUGCCUGGAGACCCUACUUUACGUCCAUAUUACGACCACGAUACGUUCAAUGCGGGGUAUCUGGUCAUAUUCAAGCCUGGUGUCGGGCUUAUUGAUACCACAACGAAUAAACCAAUCAUCGCAUCCUUAGGGCAGUCUUUAGGGAGUUCUUUAGCCGGGAAGGGUUUAGGGAUCAAUGGAACCAGAGCAAAUGGUUCGUCCGCAAUCAUCAGCUCUGGAGGGGACAAGAACUAUGUUUAUGAUUUAGAAUUCCUGGAAUAUUUCGACUUCAGCAAUCUCCUGGAGCUUCUCAAAAACCUUUUCUGGAACUUCUUCAGGAACUAUUGUAAGGUUGUUGUCUCACAACCAUUGGAGAUUGUCAGAUUAGUACUUCAAGUGGGUUACUUUGACUUCUCUCAAACGCCAAAACGGAAAGAUCCUAAGAAGCAUCGCCGGCUUGCGGCAAGUUUGGAAAGCUCCACUACUUCAACAACGUCCGAGUUGGAUCAAGAAUCCAGCUCCGACGGAGACGAAGAAAUUGAUUUCUUCCAACUGACUAGAGACGUUUCGAGCCCCAAGAAAAGCAAUUCUUUGGCGAGCUCCAGAACGAGCUCGAAGAGCUCAAAGAUCCAGCCUAUAACUAGGCACACAGUGGACAUAAUGACUGCAAUUGCUUCUAAGGACGGUCCAUUUGCGUUGUUCAGAGGUGUUAACGCUUCUUUCAUUCACCACACUCUUGCCCAUACUAUAGAAGCCUGGAUUACUGGCUUCCUUUCGCCAUUCCUCGGAAUACCAGAUCCCUUCUUCCUUGAUCUUACACACCUGACAGAGCCUGCAAAGUCUCUCUGGCUUUCAGUUCUGGCAUGUGUUCUAGCAGGCGUGGUAUUGAUGCCUCUUGAUCUCAUAAAAGUGCGUCUUAUGCUUACUCAGUUUAAGAAGGUUGUGCCUACGAACUCUGAAGUAUCUGACUCGUCAAGCUCAGCGGAGCCUGAGCAGGAAACUCACGAUGGAUCUAUUAAUACAAGAUCUGUUAGGGAAUCCAUCAGAAACUAUCCAAUCAAGUACCUUUUGCAUCCUCCACCAACGAUCACGUUAUUGACAGUGUUGCACCAAUUUUCUACUACAGUCUUCAGAAAAGCUUCGCCAUACAUCUUGUUCAUCCGCUAUAACGUCGACGCUUACUCGGCUCCCAACUGGUACACUAUGGCAAACUUAAUCUUGCUGAUUGCUGAGUUAUUCAUCAAACUACCGAUGGAAAACUUGUUACGAAAGGAACAGGUAAGGUUCUUAUUGAAGCCUAAGACUUUAGAAGAGGACAAGCAUCGUGUUGUUACAAUUGAUAAUCCAGAUGAAGACCUCAUUGUCAAUUUCAACAGCUGGGAUGCCGCUCAUGCCAGUGAAACCAGCAAAAAGGCACUCUCUGUGUGGCAGAGGUUUAAGAUUCUUGGUCUUUUCAAUGGCUGGAGAGUGGGUGUGCUUAAUGUCAUUGGCUUUUGGGGCUAUAAUAUACUUCGUUCGAGUGAGGUGUUGACAGAGGAGAAGUUGUAA